GAUUUGUAAACGCCCCCUCGCGGCGCAAAGCGGUGGCUGUAGUUCCCGGCGGCCCUCGCGGCAGGCUGAGGGCGUCAGGGAAGUUCGUGAUGGCGGCGGCUGGUUCCGCUGCCGUGUCAGGGGCAGGGACCCCAGUGGCGGGGCCAACGGGCCGGGACCUUUUCGCCGAGGGUCUCCUGGAGUUCCUGCGACCCGCUGUGCAGCAGCUCGACUCUCACGUGCAUGCGGUCAGAGAAAGCCAGGUAGAGCUCCGGGAACAAAUCGACAACCUAGCUACAGAACUGUGCCGGAUCAAUGAGGAUCAGAAGGUGGCCCUGGAUCUGGACCCCUAUGUUAAGAAGCUGCUUAAUGCCAGGCGGCGAGUUGUCUUGGUCAACAAUAUUUUACAGAAUGCCCAGGAACGACUAAGGCGGUUAAACCACAGUGUUGCCAAGGAAACAGCUCGAAGGAGAGCAAUGCUGGAUUCAGGAGUUUACCCUCCUGGUUCCCCAAGCAAAUAAGCAUGGGCCUGUGACCUGAAUGUCCAAGUACUGUUCUCCAGCUGCCUUGUUUGGUAGAUGUGAGAAGAUUUCAGGAGUCUCUGAAGACCUUUGGUUUGUGUAAACUAUGUAAUUAUUCAGCAGUCUCAGGAAACGUGCACAGUAGGACUGUUUCCUGAAGAACCUCCAUUACAGCUUGUCCUUCCAAGAAUGAGCCUCUACCUUUCGGUUUUUGUUUUGAAACAAGCUCUCAGCUUGCAGUUCAGGCAGGCCUCAAACAUUAGUCUUCUUGCCUUAGCCUCCUGAAUGCUGUGACUAUAGACGUGCCAGGGUGCCUGGCUCAAACCUCUAUACAUUUCCCCCAGAGAACAUUAAGUAGGUUAGGCAUCAUGUGUUAGGCAGUUCAGAAAACAGCAGAUUUGGGGUCAAACAUACUUCCACUUCCCCCUCCUCUCACUAGUUCCUUGGGGAAGGUAGUAACCCUUCCAGUCAUCCUACACAUAUAUUUUUAAUGUUUAGGUUAUUAGCUCUUAGCCAGUAUCACAACUGUUGCCUUUAUUACUGUCCAGGAGAACAUGACAAAUAACACGAGAUUCCAAGGUCUUAAGGGCAGAGCCUAGACAGCUGAGAGUCCCUAAGCUUCUGUGGUAUUUUUGUUUAGGCUAUGUAAUUUAAAGGCUGUUGGGAUGGCUCAGAGGUUAAGAGCACUAGCUGUUCUUUCAGGUGGAUUUCAGAUCCUAGCACCUACGUGGUCACUCACAAGAGCCUGUAACUCAAGUUCUAGGAGAAUCCAGUGACCUCUAUUCUGGCCUUUUUGGGUACAACACACACAUGCAGACAAAAUGUCCAUUCACAUAAAAACCUAAAGCUACAUAUUUGAGUCCCACCCUGUCCAGGCCUAGGUAACCAGUGUUGACGACACUGUUACUCUUAUUACUUGAGCCUGGGCAAGGUUUUCUUGUGACUUCACUUGCCUUGUUUACAACUGAAGACUUAGGCAAAGUCAAGGUAAAUACUUCAUCCUCUUCACUACCUGGGCUUGAAUAUGUUAUUGUUCAGCAUAUUAAAUAAAUGCUUGUAUUGGUUAUUUUAACAAAAAAUAA